AUGUUCACCCCAGAGAAGCUUAAGAGUGCAGCGGAAGUAUUCCAAGCAAUGGCUAGCGGCACCCCACCGACCGGUCCCCCGGCUAAGCGACCUCUGAGUAGAGCCCACAGCCUAGUGAGAAAGCUCCGCUCAUUGUGGAUGGGCCGCCAGGGAGAGCGAGACCGGCAUGAUCAGGAUCAGGUGGCCAACUCCAAAACCCCCACGGAGCAUAUGGGGGAUGAAGAUGAAGAGGAGGAGGAGGCGCAGGAUACAAAAGUCCAACAGCAUUCCUCCCAGCCAAGGAAGGGGAGUGAAUACCGGCGCAGAGCACCGGUAUCAUUGCGGACUUCACCAUUUUCUACCGCAAUUCUGCAAGAGCCCAUGGAGAAGCUUAAAAUGCCGACAUGCAAAUAUGACGGCAAGACUGAUCCGGAGGAUCAUAUAUCGGCCUAUGAAGGACAUAUGCUGCUGUACACCGAUACCGACUCGGUAUGGUGUAAGGUGUUUCCCUCUACCUUGGUUGGACUAGGACAAACAUGGUUCAAGAGCAUUCCACCGGCAACCGUCUUCGACUUCCGUCAACUCACAUCUAUGUUUGUAACACACUUCGUAAGCAAUAAGCGACGCGAGAAAACAACCGGCAAGUUGAUGUCUAUCAAACAAGGUGAGAAAGAGAGUUUGAGGGACUAUGUGGGGCGUUUCAAUGCGGAAGCCGUCACCAUUCCUACACUGCAGCAAGAGGUGGCGGUCCUAGCCCUCAUGACGGGGUUGAGAGAAGGGACUCCAUUUCGCACUAAUGCCAAAAGGCCAGCAGCAGUAGAGAAAGAUAAGGAGAAAGAUAAGGAUAAGGAUCGCUGGGACGACAAGUACUGGAAGGAUAAAAAGUCUGAUACCACAAGAAGAGAGGAAAACAAUUCCGUAAAAAAGGGGUUUAAGGGUCGACCGUACAAAUAUCAAAACUAUACCCCGCUAACGAUAUCUCGGGCACGGAUCUUUGAAAUGCACAGUAAAGAUGAUAAGCGGCAAAGACCCAGGAAAAUGUAUUAUAAGGGCCGAGAUAAGUCUAAGUGGUGUGAAUUCCAUGAUGAUUACGGCCAUAAAACGGAUGACUGCAAGGACCUUAAGGACGGGAUCGAAGACCUGAUCAGAAGAGGUUAUUUUACCCAGUACCAAGCAAGGGUCGAUCGCAAAACUCCUCCCAGAGAGGACGAAAAUACUAGCAGGAGGCCGGUAAAGGACAGGAUCACUGAGAUCCACGUCAUAAGUGGAGGGCAGACAAGAGGCGGCAGCAUCGAUAGAGCAAAAGCUAGUUUGAAAGAAGUUCGUCACCAGGUGAACUAUAACAAUACCAUGAAAUGGACGGCACCCCCAUCAAUGCCGUCCGUAGAUUUCACAUCAGAGGACGCUAAAGGGAUCAUCAACCCCCAUGACGACCCUUUGGUAGUAUCUCUGCAGAUAUCCAACGCAAUGGUUCAUCGCGUGCUGGUAGAUGGAGGGAGCUCCGUUAACAUCCUAUAUAAGGAGACAUUCGAAAAAAUGGGCUUCGAUAAAGCAUGCUUAAAGCCGGCCUCCUACCCGGUUAUCGGUUUCACAGGAGCAUCUGUUGUCCCAGAAGGGACUGUAAAGCUAGCAGUAAAGUUGGGAGAAGGGUCUCGUUCCAAGGACCUCAUGGUGGAAUUUCUCGUGGUUGACGUCCCAACGGCGUACAACGCCAUUAUCGGAAGACUGCUGAUCCACGAUGCUCAAGCCGUCGUUUCAACAUACCAUCUUACCAUGGUUUACACCUCCAAUGACGGUAAACCUGAAAAAAUCAGGGGGAAUCAAGAAUCGGCAAGAGCCUGCUAUCUCACCGCGCUAAAACACUCUGACCACAAGCGCCCAGCCGAUACCCCGCCAUUGGAAAGGAAAAGAAGAAGGCUGGAAAAUAAAACCAAAAAGGACUUGUCCAUGGAAAACUUCGAGGGAAGGCCGGCAGAUCAGCCGAGACCUAGCCCAGAGGGGGAAACAGAAGAAAUAAGUUUAGAAGAGGAAAGGCCGGAAAGAACGGUAGAGAUUGGGGCCGAUCUAGCGGAUGAAGUAAAGUUAACCUGA